AUGCAACAUAACAUUACAUUGCAAUUCAAACAAAUAGCUCUAAAUCAGGCUCCAGUAAAUGUGGUACAACAAGCAGCAACUUGGUGUGAAGUAUGUAGUAGUGGAACUCAUGAAACAGAGCAACGUGAAGCAAACCCGAAUUCCGUAAACUAUGUGGGUAAUGCGCAAAGGAGUGGAGUGCAACAGAAUUAUGGUAACACUUACAACCCUAGUUGGAAAAACCAUCCUAACUUCUCAUGGGGUGGAAACCAAAAUCAAAAUCAGACGCAAGGGGUUAACCAAUACCGUUCUCAAGGGGCUGGGCAACAAUAUUACAAUUCUAACCAAGGCUCAAAUGCUAGUGCACCUAAAGGUGGGAUGACUAAUGAAGAGCUACUCCAAAAGCUCAUGACUGAAAUAGGGACCAAAUUAAAUGCUAGAAUAGAUAAGCAGGAUGAGAACAUUAGAAACAUCCAGAUGUCCCAAAUGAGUUUAGAGAAACAAGUUGCACAAGUGGCUAAUUCUUUAAACUUGCGUCCCCAAGGUGGGCUGCCCGGCGAUACUGAGCCCAAUCCAAAGCAAUUGCAUGCGGUAAGCACUAGAAGUGGGUUGCAAUUAGAGGAACUAGAUCCAAAGAAGAGAGACACUGAGGCAAGUAACAAAGAAAAGAAUGUGAAAGAGAUAGUAAAAAGCUCCAAUGUUGAGCUACCCAUUCCUCAAAAGAAAUUACCACAUCCAUUUCCACAAAGGCUAAAAAAGCUGAAUGAAGAUGAAUGUUUUGGUAAGUUUCUCUCUCUCCUUAAACAGGUUCUCAUUAAUCUACCUUUGGUUGACAUUUUGCAGGGUAUCCCGAAGUAUGCUAAAUACGUGAAGGACAUAGUGGCCAACAAGAGGAGACUCACUGAAUAUGAAACUGUAGCACUUACUGAGGAGUGCAACUCAAGGAUUCAAAACAGAUUGCCAACAAGGUUAAAAGAUCCGGGUAGUUUUACUGUGCAAAUUACAAUUGGCCAAAGUGUUCAUGCCCGGGGGUUGUGUGAUUUGGGGGCAAGUAUAAACUUAAUGCCUCUAUCUUUGUACCAAAAGCUUGGGUUAGGUAGUCCAAAGCGAACCACUGUUAUUCUCCAACUUGCAGAUAGAUCCAUUGCAAGGCCAGAAGGGGUGGUGGAAGAUGUGUUAGUGCAAGUAGGUUCAUUGAUUUUUCCAGUAGAUUUUGUGGUCUUAGACUUUGAACCCCAUUAUGAAGUCCCAUUUAUCUUGGGACGACCUUUCUUGGCUAUGGGUAGGGCAUUAAUUGAUGUAGCAGCUGGUCAACUAACCAUGAGAGCACAUGAUAAGGUGGAGGUAUUUGAUGUUUAUCGCGCUUUAAAAUUACCUUCUAUUUAUGAAGAGUUGUCCGCUAUUACUGUGAUUGACAGUAUAAUAGAGUCACAGUUAGUUUUGCCCGAAAACCCAUUAGAAAGAGUGUUAGUGGGUCAACAGUUAGAAGGGGAUGCGGAAGUUCAAGAGACUGAAUCAUGCUUAAAUCUAGCAAUAGUUGAAACUCGUAGGAUUCAAGUGGAGUCUUUAAAUCGCGAGCUAGGACCCCAUCCAAAACCAUCAAUUGAAGAGGCUCCUAAGUUGGAGCUAAAAGCCUUGCCAGCUCACCUAAGGUAUGCUUAUUUGGGUACUAAUGAAACUCUGCCUGUUAUACUUUCUGUAGAAUUAUCUGAUGUACAGGUUGAGGCAACAUUAAGAAUCUUGAAGCGAAGGAAGAAAGCAAUUAGAUGGCAAAUGGCUGAUAUUCAUGGGAUUAGUCCAGCAUUAUGUAUGCACAGAAUUUACAUGGAAGAUGAUCACACACCAAGUGCACAACAUCAACGUCGUCUAAAUCCUUUGAUGAAGGAAGUAGUACGAAAGGAAGUGAUCAAGUGGCUAGAUGCCGGGGUUGUUUACCCAAUCUCUGAUAGUAAGUGGGUAAGUCCCGUGCAAUGUGUUCCCAAGAAGGGAGGUAUAACUGUGGUAAGGAACGAAAAUAAUGAGCUAAUUCCUACUAGAACAGUGACAGGGUGGAGAAUUUAUAUGGAUUACCGGAAACUUAAUGCUGCUACUCGGAAAGAUCACUACCCCGUUCCCUUUAUUGAUCAAAUGCUUGACAGGUUAAUAGGGCAGGAGUACUAUUUUUUCCUAGAUGGCUAUUCAGGUUACAACCAGAUCCUAAUUGCACCCGAAGAUCAAGAAAAGACCACAUUCACUUGUCCGUAUGGUACAUAUGCUUUCAAACGCAUGCCAUUCGGACUUUGCAAUGCACCGACGACUUUUCAAAGGUGUAUGAUGGCCAUUUUUCAUGAUAUGGUGGAAGACUUCGUCGAAGUGUUCAUGGAUGAUUUCUCCGUCUUUGGGAAGUCUUUUGAGGUAUGUCUCCGAAAUCUUGAUAAAGUGCUUGCUAGAUGUGAAGACACUAACUUAGUUCUAAACUGGGAAAAAUGUCAUUUUAUGGUAAGAGAGGGGAUAGUGUUGGGGCAUAAGGUAUCUAAAUCUGGUUUGGAGGUUGAUAAGGCUAAGGUAGAAGUUAUUGAGAAACUACCCCCUCCCAUUUCUGUAAAAGGUGUGCGUAGUUUUCUUGGUCAUGCAGGUUUUUACAGGCGAUUUAUCAAGGAUUUUUCCAAGAUAGCAAGACCCAUGUGCAACCUUCUGGAGAAAGAGGUGAAGUUUGACUUUAAUGAGAUGUGCUUAAAAGCUUUUGAGAUGCUGAAGAGGAAUUUAAUUGAGGCUCCCAUUUUAAUUGCCCCUAAUUGGGAACUACCUUUUGAACUCAUGUGUGAUGCGAGCGAUGUAGCAGUGGGUGCAGUGUUGGGACAAAAAAAAAAAAAGUUCCACUCAAUCUAUUAUGCAAGCAAGACCCUUGAUUCUGCACAAGCUAAUUACACAGUGACUGAGAAGGAGAUGCUGGCUCUAGUGUUCGCCUUCGACAAGUUCAGAUCGUAUUUGGUAGGCACUAAAGUAAUUGUUUUUACUGACCAUGCAGCUAUUAGGUACCUAUUCAAUAAGAAGGAUGCUAAGCCAAGGCUGAUUCGAUGGAUACUGUUUCUCCAAGAAUUCGACCUUGAAAUCAAGGAUAGGAAGGGUACGAAAAAUCAAAUAGCAGAUCACUUAUCUAGGUUGGAAGAUUUUUCACAUGUGAAUGAAGGUGAGAAAAUCCGGGAAGAGUUUCCGGAUGAACAAUUAAUGGCAUUGGAUAUUUCUCAAGUGUCAUGGUAUGUGGACAUAGUGAAUCUGAUAGUAAGUGGUGAUUAUCCUCUGGGUGCUACCACUCAACAAAAGAAAAAGCUUAACCAUGAUGCCAAGUUCUACAGUUGGGAUGAACCAUUCUUGUUCAAACAAGGGGUAGACAGGGUAGUGAGAAGGUGCAUCCCAGAGUAUGAGGUUGCUACAACUUACCAUCCUCAAACAAGUGGUCAAGUGGAAGUUUCAAAUAGAGAGGUGAAGCAAAUUUUGCAAAAAAUGAUGAAUGCACAAAGGAAAGAUUGGUCUGAUAAACUCGAUGAUGCAUUGUGGGCAUAUAGGACUGCGUACAAGACACCAAUAGGGACGUCUCCAUAUCACAUAGUAUUUGGGAAAGCAUGCCACCUUCCGGUGGAAUUGGAGCAUCAAGCCUAUUGGGCAAUUAAGAAGCUGAACUUCGACCCCGAGCUAGCCAGUAAAAAGAGAGUGAAUCAGCUGCACAAACUUGAGGAGUUUAGGCUCCAUGCUUAUGAGAAUGCCAAGCUAUACAAAGAAAAGACGAAAAGGUGGCAUGACCAGCACAUUGUCGUUCGUACCUUUAAUCCAGGAGAUAAGGUACUACUCUUCAACUCUAGACUAAGGUUAUUCCCCGGAAAACUAAGGUCGAAGUGGAGUGGUCUAUUCAAAGUGGUUAGAAUGACACAACACGGGUCAGUUGAACUUCAAGAUGAGACUGGCCCUUCAUUCUUGGUCAAUGGGCAAAGAGUGAAACACUAUUUCGGUGAAGAUUCGGAUCAUGAUCAAGAGGUUUUUGUACUAAGUGAUGAAUGA